GGAAUCAUGUCUCUGUGGAAACGCUGGAAGGGCCAGACCGUCAGUCAGGAGAUGCUUAAUAUGUCUGAUGACUCUGGGAGAGAGAGUAGGUUAUAUGGUUGGGGGGUUUGAUAAGGUCCCCCUGCCUUGUUGGAGGACGACUGGGUAAGAAUGGUCACGAGCGGAGAGAGCGGAGAGAGCGAGAUCGCAUGUGUGGGCCCACCGACGUACACGGUGCAAGCAAAGCGAGGAGGGAACACGACCCGGACAGCAUCCUGCCUUCGUCAGUCUAUGAGUCUGUGAGUCUGUUACACGGCUGUUGUUGUUUGCACCCAAGCCUGAGGAGGGAGGCACCCAAGCCUGAGGAGGAAGGCACCCAACCCGGAGGAGGGAGGAGAAAUCUCGAAGAGAUCGAAGAGAGAGGGGGCAGAACGGUACUUGGCAAAUUGCAAGCAUGGGUUAUCCCACCCUCCUCCAACUUCCUCUUCCUCGCCACCGGGGCGGCGGGGGCGGCGUUUGUCACAUCAUCGCAGUUCGUGAUGAUGGUGGUGCUAUGGUCUCUAUAGUCCCUCUUUGGAUUCUAUUCUUAACAUUUCUGUCGGCUCUGCUCCUGGGCUCCUUGCCGCAGUGUAGGGCCAUGAGCUUCUACGAUCUCGAGGCUGUUAAUAUUGACGGAUACCGUGUAAAGCUGAGCGCCUACAAGGGCAAAGUCACGUUAGUGGUCAAUGUGGCCAGCAAGUGCGGGCUGACAGAUAGAACGUACAAGGAACUGGUCAGUGUGAGAGAGAGCUAUGCAAGGAGAGGAUUCGAGGUGCUGGCGUUUCCCUGCAACCAAUUCCACGACCAAGAACCUGAUUCCAACGCCGAUAUCAAGGGCUUCGCUCGCAGUUAUAAUGUCACUUUCCCGCUGUUUGCCAAAACGACGGUAAAGCGGCCCAUGUGCACACACGACCCUUCUGCGAACUCUCUUCUCUGCGGGCCAACGUCAGAAGAGUGUUGUGCCUUCAACAACCAGAUUUACGAGUACCUCAUGAGCAUUUCCAAUAAGCCCGUCGAGUGGAACUUCGCCAAAUUCUUGAUUGGCAGAGAUGGCGGGCUUAUCAAAAGGUAUCAACCGGUGGAGGGUCCUCGUACGUUCACGCGGGAGAUCGAAAGAGCACUUGCUUCUGCAGACACCGGAGAUGGAGAUGGAGACGGAGACGGAGAUGGAGACGGAGACGGGGACGGGGACGAGGACGACAUGUCGCACGGAUCUAGCGAUGGUGGCUCCAAUCCGACGACGGAAUCGUUUUCAGAUGAAAUGUGAGGAGGAUCUCGUUGACGGCGGCGGCAGCAUAUGCAAUGUCAGGAGCUCUAUGACGGCGGCAGCAUCUUGUGCGUUUUUGUCUUUUGUUUCUACCCUUCUUGUUGCGUUUGAUUAUAGGAAACCGAAACGAGGACGACCCUGGAUUAGUUGAUCGCACAGCGCACCCAUCCUUGAUCAUGACUGGAUUGGAAUUAAUUAAAAGAUCCCUCGGACAUGUUCAUGAGACAAGGGUGCGGUUAGUGUUUUUGCUGCGGCGAUUCUUUGCGCACCCCUGGCUACAGUCUUCCCCCCCCGAUAAUACAACGUACGUACGGUCAUUAUCGCUGAAUUUGGGGUAUAUUUCAGUCUAAAUUCAGCUGUAAUGACCGUACGUUGUAUUCGGUGGAAGACUGUAGGGUUCAAGUGCGGCCCCMUUUUCCUAUAACUAACUUAAAGGGGUCCGCACACCUGCGCCGCGGCGCUGCUAUAACUUCAAGGGUAGCAUGACUGCCCCAUGACAUUGUGUAUUAUAGCAGCAAAACAGACCAGGUGUGUGGUAAUCAGUACUAGCUACCGGUAGUAGCCUCCUUGGCUGUAUGUGCGGUAGCAGCGCCGGCAGCAUCACCCAUAAUGCGUUCAUUACUGCAAUGCUGAUGCGAAGGCGGAGGUGGAGGCCGAAGGGGACUGCUACGUCCUGUGCUACGUCCUGCGCCCUAAGUGCGGGGGUAGUCGCCGCUAGAGCACUCGGGGUCCAGCUCCAUAGCAUAGUACGUGGUGAUUGACAGCGAUUAAGAUUAAGAGUUGGGGACAGAAGGGUCAUGGAUCAUGACGAUGAUAAUCACAUCUGUUUGAAAUGCAGCUGACAGUGUGGUAGCAGCCCCGUCACCAUCACCCAUAAUAAUAAUGCGUUUGYAACUGCAAUGAUGAUGCGGAUGCGAAGGCGGAGGCCGAAGGGGACUGCUACCUCCUGCGCCCUAAUUGCGGGGAGUCCAGUUCCAUAGCUUAGCUUUAGCUUAGCUUAGCUUUAACUUCAGCUUAGCUUUAGCUUUAGCUUAGCUUUAGCUUAGCUUAGCUUAGGUCAUGAUAGACGGCGAUUAAUACAGCAAUAUUCGGGCAGAAGGGUCAUCAUGGAUCAUGACGAUGAUGUUUGUAUCUGUUCAUUCAAACACUGAAUCAAGAUUUGACAUAUUCUUGCUGUCUGGCUAUGAUGCAGACUCUUCAAGACUUUAGAGACUUGAGACUCCGCAGUCGAGCUGAGAUUCAUCUGGGACUGGGAGGCAAUUGGGCGCACACGUCCAUGUGUUGUGUUACAUGGAUGGACUUAGGACCUCGCCACACCGCUGUGGAAACGAAAAGAGAACGAAUGCAUCUGCCGCAGAAAGUGCGAAGAUGCAUGUUGCUUUGCUAUGCGUAGUAACGGAUGCAUCUUGCCCUUCUCUGCUGGAAGAUGCAUUAACGGAUGAUGCAUCUUCCCCUUCUUUGCUGGAAGAUGAUUCGUUCGUUUUUCGUUUCGACAGUGGUGUAGCGAGGCCGUUACCCAAUUUUCGGUGGAAGGUUGGAUGAGUCAGGAUGACUAUGGGACAGGAGGACAAAGUCACAAAACUGAUAUGAUGAUACUCUGAAAGAGCGGGAGUGAUUUUUUUGGCGGGAGUGAUUUUUUGGCGGGAGUGAUUUUUUGGACCCGGUGAAAAAAAAAAGAGCCGACAAGGAAAACAAUGGGCUGUUGAGCAGAUGAGUGAUGGACUUUUGUUUUUUGUUAGUGUUAAAAUCCAAGU